UCUUUUGCUAGCAGGCAUUCUCUAUAUUUCUAUCUUCUCCUUGUCAUAAUGAGAACACAAAAAAUGGUGCCUGCUAUCACCUUAGAUCCAAGCUAUUUCAACCAAAAGACCAACAACACAGUCGACCAUCAUUACCAGCAUGAGAACAUUGUGAUCGAGGAAAUCAAAGGGCUUAUCAAAGUGUACAAAGACGGACAUGUGGAGAGACCGCAGAUCGUCCCGUGCGUCACGGCCGCUGUGGCCGAUCCGGAGUUAGGCGUGACAUCCAUGGACAUAGUCAUUGACAGGUUCACAAACGUUUCCUCACGUUUCUAUGUUCCGAAACGCCACGGGAUGAAUUCGAUGAAGAAGCUCCCUUUGCUGGUGUAUUUUCACGGAGGUGGGUUUUGCGCUGGCUCCACCGCUUGGAGUUGUUACCAUGAAUUUUUGGCAAAGCUAGCGGCCAAAGCUGGUUGCGUAAUCAUGUCGGUAAAUUACCGGUUGGCCCCCGAACACCCUCUUCCGGCGGCUUAUGAAGAUGGACUCAGAGCCCUUGUGUGGCUAAAACAACAAGCUUUUUGUGAACGUGGUGGGGAGGAGAAUAACCAGUGGUGGUCAACGCAGUGCGACUUUUCUAGAAUAUUCUUGGUGGGGGAUAGUGCUGGUGCCAAUAUAGCCCAUAAUGUGAGCACAAGACUGCUUUGUUCUGGGACAAUUCUAUUGCCUUUAAUAAUUAAAGGUGUAAUUCUGGUGCAACCAUUUUUUGGGGGAGAAGCAAGGACGAGUUCGGAGAAGUACUACUACAUGGUGCAGCCACGUCAGUCGGUGUUGAAUCUGGCAGCUUCGGAUACCUACUGGAGAUUGGCACUGCCGGCCGGUUCCAACCGCGACCAUCCAUGGUGCAACCCUUUGGCUAACGGCUCGUGUUUCGGUUCGGAUAGCGUGGCGAUGAUGGUGUGUAUUUCGGAGUUGGACAUAUUGAAAGAUAGGGAGUUAGAGUUUUGUGCUGCAAUCGCUAGAGCAGGGAAGAACGUGGAGACUCUGGUGUACAGAGGUGUAGGGCACGCGUUUCAGGUACUAGAUAAGUCUAUGCUCGCACAAACUCGAUGCCAUGAGAUGAUAGCUCAUAUUAAGGCCUUUGCUGAAAAUAACUAGCUAGAAGUAUAGGGUACAAAUGCUACGCUUAUUGUGAUAAGAAAUGAGAAGUUACACGUUAGAAAUAUUGUGGAUUAA